AUGCCACGAAGCUUCCCGUACUCGUGGGCCGCGCUGCUGGUGGUCCUGGUCGUGGUGCCCCUCCUCGCCUGCCUCUGCCUCCACCCGGCGGGGGCAGCUGCGGACAACGUGAACAUGUACGAACUGAGCACGAGGCCCUGGCUCUACUCGCUCUCGCUCAAGGCACGUACCACGCACGCACGCACGACGGCUCCGCCACGGCGUUUGCUGGUCUCCGCGGCCGACCGGUGGCUGACGUACGGGCGCAACAUCUCGCGGCUGGUGGAUGUGCCGAUGGAGGAGUUCGCGGCCAUCAAGCAGAAGGGGAUGGACAUCGUGUGGCUCAUGGGCGUGUGGCACCUGGGCAGCUACGGCCUCAACUACGACCGCACCGACCCGGGCACCCUCAGCUCCUACGACUCCAUCCUCCCCGGCUGGACCCUCCCCGACGUCAUCGGGUCGCCGUACGCGGUCACGCAGUACACGGCCAACCCGCAGCUGGGCAGCGAUGCCGACAUCGCGGGGCUUCGCGCCCGCCUCAACUCGAUGGGCCUCAAGCUCAUGCUCGACUUUGUGCCCAACCACUCGGCCGUCGAUGCCGUGCAGAUGUCGACCAACCCGGACUACUACAUCCGGGCGCCCAAGGGCACCCAGCCCCCCUACGACUCCAACGUGUACAUGCCGUCGGGCAUCGCGUACGGCAGCGACGGCUACGGACCGUGGAAGGACACGGCGCAGUACAACUAUUGGAACCCCGACACGCGGGCGGCCCGCAUCAAGGAGCUCUUCUACGUGGCCUCCCUCGCCGACGCCAUCCGAUGCGACAUGGCCUACCUCGCCAUCAACAACCUCUUCGGACAGACGUGGGGGUCGCAGCUGGCCUCGUGGGGCUUCUCGCGUCCGGCGACCGAGUUCUGGGCCGACGCAAUCUCGGCGGUGAAGAGCGUCUACCCGAACGUCGUCUUCCUCGCCGAGGUCUACAGCCCGUGGCAGGGGGACCUGCAGGCGCAGGGGUUCGACUACACGUACGACAAGGCCCUCUACGACCUCAUCACCAGCGACGACCUCGAUAACGUGCGCGGCCACAUCAGCGGCUCGUCCGUGUCCUACCUCACCCACUCGGCCCACUUUGUGGCCAACCACGACGAGGAGAGGGCCGCGGCGCACUUUGGCGGAUGGACGCAGGCGAACGCGGCCGCGCUCAUCAUGUACACCAUCCCCGGCAUGCGCUUCUACUGGAUGGGCGACUUCGAGGGGUACAAGGCCAAGCUGGCCGUGCAGCUGCGCAGGGAGAGCUGGGAGCCGGUGCACAACGCCACGGAGCAGUUCUACGCGACGCUCCUCCCCAUCGUCACCGCGGACGUGUUCAACAAGUACGUCCACGUCCACGUCCACGUCGGGCACGUGGACGUACCUGGCGGUGAGCGGGUCGAACAGCGACUGGCGGCUGAUGGCGUGGCGCUGGGAAGGCUGUGCGUCAUCAACUACAGCGACACGGCCGGCUCGGGCUCGGUCAUCGUCAGCAAUGCGCAGGCGCCCCCCGGCACCGACAACCUGACCAUCACGGAGCUCCUCUCCGGUCAGUCGUAUGUGCGGUCCGCGUCGCAGAUGAGGAACAGCGGCCUGUUCGUCAUCGUGCCGCCCUGGUACGCCCAGAUCUUCUCCUACUGA